AUGUUUUCUGUCUAGACUUGUCCUUCGGUUUCCCACAAAAAGAACAAAAACCUUGGCCCUAAGUCGUCGAAAUCCCAUUCAUUACAGUUUCUGAACCCGACCCGGUUAUCAGCACCAACAGACGGAUAUAACAACUAAAAUUAACUUCGUCAAAAAUUUAAAGAUUUCUUUCUCCUUCGAGAUUUCAGUGAUACAAGCAGGCUAUAACGUUUCCUGAAGCAGAAGUCCGCACUUAGAAGAUGCAAACAACAACAACAAUACUCUUUCUACGAGGAGAUGCCUGACUAAACAUCAGGGAUGAGUGAUCUUUGCUUUCCAAUGGCAAUUCUAAUCGAAAUCAAGGUGAUGCAUUCGGUGCUUUGAACGUUUAAUACGCAGGGUGGUGGUAUCUCUUGUGUUAGUUUUUAGUUGUGUCUUUUUUUCUCUUCGGUCGCCCCCCCACCUCGCGCGGUAAUCUAGUGUAGUUGAAUAUUAGGUUGUUUUCUUUAUUUGUCGGAAUCACUUGUUCUGCUAAUUUCACAAGGAAAAUGGAGAAUCUUUACUCCAAACUCUACGAUAAGUACAACAAACUAAAGACAAGAAAGGAUUCUGAUCUCGAUCGUUAUAAUCAUGACCAAGAAGUGAAAUUCACUGAUUACAUGGCUGCUGUUGAGGAGUUAGUAAAUUGCCUAAGAAGUGAAAAUGAUAGGCUUGUUACUAAGAAUCAAGACUUAAUGAAUGAAUUAGCAUCAGUUAGAGCCGAUAGAUCUGACAAGGAAGAGUUAUGCAUCCAGUACGAAAAGCUUUUAACUGAAGAAACCAGAAAGGGAAAAGAGCUUUCUGAAGAAGUAGAAAAGCUACGCAAUCUGCAGCAAGAGGGGCUCUCCUGCAGUGCCAGGGUUCGGUACAAUGAAAAUGGGCAAAUGGAAUCCCCUAGAGGAACUUAUCUUGAGUCAGGACAGAUAUCCAGCAUCAGCACCAGGAAAAGGCAUUCAACCGAUGAAGACCCAGACAGCAGAGGGAAGCUUCCUGUGGUAACAGAAACAGAAAAAGAUUCACAUAGGGGCUUACAUUCUGACAAUGACCGAAUCAUUCAAAAGGAAAGUUGCUGCAGGAAAGUCAUCAGUUCAGGGGACUCAAUCAAUGCCAAUUGCGUGUUUCACACCCUAAUGGAAUUUCUAAUUGGCAUGAAAUUUGAAUUUGUUACUAAAGCGGAUGGGCCGUGUCUUUCUGCACUUCAUCAAUCAAGUGGGUAUUCAUUCACUUUAAUGUGGCUCACUAAAGCGUCUGAGGAUGAACCUCUGGAGCUACUGUACCAUGUCCUAUCUUUAGGGACUUUUGAAAGGAUUGCGCCAGAGUGGAUGAGGGAGGACUUAAUUUUUAGCUCAAGUAUGUGCCCUGUGUUCUUCAAGAGGGUAUCCUCGGUUAUUGGAUUGCAUUUGUAAUGUUUUUAUAGGUGGUGUUUGUGUUCUUUUAAGCAUCUGUUUCUAAUUCUUUGGAAUCCGAGGUUUGAAUUAUGCCGGAUCUUGAUUUAUCUUUUAGUUUGUGAAAGCAUACUUCACUACCCCGGGUAUUCAGGUACUAAAACCGGUGUUUGCACAACAAGAAAUGAAGAGUCAUUUUCGGA